GGAAAACACUUAUUAGAGAGAGGAUUUUUCUCUAUUCACCAAAGAUUGAUUUGUAUUGAAGAAAUAAAAUUGAAGAAAUUAUCGGAAAAUGUUCGGAGUCAAAAAUCCAAGGCUUCAAGAAGCCCAGAGAAUGUUCAGUUUUAAAAUUGAUACAAAAUCUGAAGAUCAAAGAGACACAAUGGCAAUGGUUAAUAGUUUAGAUCCAGAAUCAUCAACUGUUAAGGAUAUUACAAUUGUAAAACAAAUGAGAGAUGAGCCAGAAAGAUAUGAAAGAUUGAGUUGGGAUUAUAAUUUUCCAAAAUUAAUUGAUACAACUAUUCAAAGAAGUUUAGGAAGAAAAGGAAGUGCUUUUGCAGUUUACUCAAUUGAGAAAUUAAUGUUUUGGGAUAAGAAGGAGAAAAAGAUUGUUGGAGUUGUUGCUUUUGCCAAUGAUUGUGAAGGUCCACCAGCUUGUGUUCAUGGUGGUUGUAUUGCCACUGCUUUGGAUGAAGCUUUUGGUUGGUGUUGCAUCAGAAAUAUUGGUUUCAGUGGUGUCACUUUAAAUCUCAGUGUAAAUUAUUUCAAAUUUAUUCCACUCAAGAAGGCCAUUGUUGGUUUGGAAAUUGAAACUGAAAAAGUGGAAGGAAAGAAGGUCUUUAUGAAGGGAAAAUUAUAUGACCUAUCAGAUCCAUCAGUAGUUCACAAUACUGGUACAGCCUUAUUCUAUAAAGCUAAUGAACAUAUGCCAACAUGGGAAGAAGCUGUUCAAUACUUUGGUCCACAGUCUACAUUGACAAAGAAUCAAAUUCUUUCUUACUUUAAGGUAAGAAUAAAGAAGAAGGCACAAGAAAAGAAGGAAGAAAAGGAUCUUGACGUACAGUCACAACCUCAUAGAACUUCUAAAUUAUAAAACUGGUAUUUUCUCACCACACAGCUUAGAAGAUAAUCUCACAAUGUUGAAAUGUCAAUCCUUAAUAUAAAGGUUCAAAUUUACCCUUUU